GCAGCGGGGAGCAGGGGGCCCGCCCGCGGGAUGCUCUGGGGCCGGGGGUGAGACGCUCCCUGGAUUGUGCUUCGAGUCCUGCUCUCCGCUGGCGGCACCGAGGGGCCAUGUUGGUUGGAUUUCCUACUGGUGAGCGAGCCCCUCCAGCUCCGCAUCCCUAGGGCCGGCCCUGCGACUCCUGGGUGCUGCAUUUCCUCGGAGGGUUCUGUGCGCACCCCCCCAGGGGCUACUGAGACCCAGCGCUUUUGCACGAAGCCUUGGGCAGACAUUUCGGAUGAGGCUCCUAGUGGCGUGGCUCUACCAUGGGCACCAAGCAGACCAAAGGAUGCCAGCCUCCCAGUGCAGGAGGGAGCCCUCAGUCCCACAAUCCAUGCUCUCGCAAGAAGAUGCCAGCCAGGGACCGGGGAGACUUCCUCGCCUCCUUCAUGGUGAAGUCCGGUGAUAAGUUUGGGAAGAGUGGUGGCAACCUACCCCCUUAUCACCGCCGGAUCAGCAUGAUCCAGGACAUGCUGCUGCUGGUGAAGCAAGGAAAACAGGAGGAGGCGACUGAACUUCUGAAACACCUGCGGCAGGAUUUAGGAAUGGAAUCGACCUCUCUGGAUGACGUCUUGUACAGAUACGCCAGCUUCCGAAACCUAGUGGAUCCAAUCACCCACGAUUUGAUCAUCAGUCUCGCUAGAUACAUCCAUUGCCCCAAAGCGGAGGGAGACUCACUGGGGGCCAUGGAGAAGCUCUGCAGGCAGCUGACCUAUCACCUCAGCCCCCAUUCGCAGUGGAAACGCCAAGGGAUCAUGAAGAGGAAGCCUCAGUCCUGCUUGAAAGCUAUCCUGGUGGGGAUGCCUCAUGACAACACAGUAGAUCUCUCUGGUAUCCCUCUGACGCUGAAGGACUUGGACUGCAUCAUCUCAUUCCUGCAACACAGCUCGGAGCACAUUGACAACGUGGAGCUAUGCUUCACGGAGCUGACUGACGAGCUGUUCCUUCAGCUUCUGCCCAUCCUCAGUGGCCUGCCUCACCUCACCACUCUCUCCCUGAAUGGCAACAGACUCACCAAAGCAAUCCUUCGGGACCUGACAGAAACGCUGAAGGACCCCAGGAAGUUCUCCAGCGUGACGUGGAUUGAUCUGGGCAACAACGUGGACAUAUUUUCUUUGCCGCAGCCAUUUUUGGUCAGCCUCAAGAAACGCUGUCCCAAGCAAGGCAACUUACCAACCAUUCUGGAGUUCGGAGAGGGCCAGAUGAGCGACUUGGAAAGUCAAGAGGGCUUAGCAGAGAGUGAAGAGGACACUGGUUGGGAGAGUCAAGAAGUUGGGACUCUGACAAAUAAAUGCAGCUCUGAGCAGGAAACUUCAUGUGUUCAGCUGGGUGUCUCUUGAUUGGGUACUUUGAAAAGGACACUUUAAAACUGAUACCUCACCUAUGAAGGUUCUUAUUAAAUGUUGAUUUACAUGGUCUGAUGUCUACACACGCAAUGGUUUUGAGUGUUGCUUCAUCAGUUUCCUCGCAUCAUGCAUGUCAACUUCUUUCUUUUCAUUGAGAUCAUUAAAAUGUGCUCAAGGUGUAUAGUUAUAGUCUGUUAAGCUGGCCAUGUAUUUUGAAACAUGAGUGUUGAGCUGUGCUUUUUUCCCUCUCUCUAAAAAAGUCCUCCAAAACUGUAUCACCAAUGUAUGGUAAUGCCAGUUCCUUAAAUAGCACCCAAGAAAAGAAAACAGCAAAUGGAAUUUGUAGAAGUAGCUGUUUUGCGAAGAGAUCAUUCGUACUGUGUCUAGCAAAAUCAUGGCUUUAACAGUUUCUCUCUUGUAGAUGAUGAAUCCUAAGGAGGAUCCUUAUGGAGACCAGUGGAACCUACAGCCGUCAUGGUCCUCGGGGGCGAGGGG